UAACUAUAACAACCUGAAAUAUUGGGCCUUGGCCCAUCUAAGUUACUUAUGUAUUAAGUCUUGGCCCAUACUACUUCAAUCAUAAGCUAUUUAUUACCCACUUCUCUAGAACCUACUUGAUAACUUAAACAAAAAAAAAAAAAAAGAAUAAAGCGGGAGAGAAGUAUCAGCAUAGUUCCAAGGAGAAGAAAAAAAAAACAAGAGCUACAGGGAAAGGAAGUGAAGAAAAGAAGCUAGAGACUUAGAACCAGAUAAGAAAAAUUCAAGAUCCAAAGAGUUUCUCCAUUCUUGACUUUGCAAAUAAUUUAGUCGAAGGUGACAUUCUGACUCAGACAGAGCGAUAGACAGAGUUGACAACGAAUCCAGUGAGCCCUGCACUUGUUUCGCGGGGGCAACCAUGUUGCUAACUACUAUAGUAUAUUAGUUUUUUUCUUUUUUCUAAUCCUAGAGUUUUGCUCCUUAAGUCAGCCUUGUAUAUCUUAUUUUGGCUUGUGUUAGUAAAGUACAGCUUGGGACUUAUAAGUUUUUGCAGAAGCCCAUGGCUUGGGAUUCUGAUGCUCUAUAACACUUAAUAUGUUGGUAUUGUAGUUCGUUGGAUUAUUUUACUGGGUGUUGACAGGUUUUGAUUUUUGGAUUUUCUCCCGGUACAGAGGAAACUCUGCCGAAAUUUUUGCUAACAAGAAAUGAUUCAGGCUUGUUCGGUUGGCUUAGGCUAACUGAGCGCUAGUCAUGACCUAGGUGGGCGGGUCGUGACAAAGUUGGUAUCAGAGCUGUCGGUUUAGGAUAUGACUUAAGGAGGACCGGUUCAGCGGAGACUUAAUUGUGUAUAUGUUGUGCACCUUAUGCACGAUCGGGACCCCGCAGAAACCGGGUAGGACUUGUCUUUCUCAUUCUUUGUUAAAUCUGAAAAUGUUAUAAGCGGUCUAGAGCCAAGUUAGGAUCUAACACCCUUGAUAUGAUUACAGAUGACAGAUAGAGUUAUGCUUCCACCAAACUUAAGAUGGGGUCGAAGGAGAGGUCGGGGCCUAUCGGCUAGGCAGACGAUCGACCCAGUUGAAGAAGUUGAAGAGAUACCACCGUCGCAACCUCAGACUGGUACUACUACUGACGCGAUAGCUGCAAUGUUUCAGCAGGCGAUGGAGAGUUUGGUAGAAAGGAUCCAGACAACCUCGAGCCGGUAUGAUGUCCGGAGGGUAUAAUGGACAUAACCAACCCGAUGAACCACUCCGCAGGUCCAUUCGAGAGUUUCUGGAUAUGAAACCUCCGGUGUUUACGGGGGCUAGUGAGACUGAAGACCCCUUGCUGUUUUUGGAUGGUAUUCAGAAAGCAUUAGAUGCGCUUGAAUGUUCCAGUACACGAUCGGUUGAGUUGGCUGCAUAUUGUUUGCAGGAUAUAGCUGAAGACUGGUUUAAAUCUCUUAAGGCAGGGCGGCCACCUAACUCACGUCCUUUGACCUGGAAGGAGUUCACUAAUGCAUUUAUUGAUCGAUUUCUGCCUAUGAGCCUAAGGGAUGCUCUGGCGAUACAGUUUGAGGGAUUAAGGCAGACCCCACAAAUAUCAGUGAACGAAUAUAAUAUCCAGUUCAAUCGGUUGUCCCGACAUGCGCAAUACGUGAUGAAUGACUCUAUGCGAGCUAAGAGGUUCAUUCACGGUCUAAUUGACCCACUGUUCAAACCAUUGGCAUCACACUUGACAAAGGGAGAUAUAACUUACUCGCAAGCAGUGGACGUGGCAAGAGAAGUAGAGACUAGAUGGAGAGAUCCAUAA